GGUGAAAGAUGCUCAGCUAUAUUGGGAGAAGCAGAAUCGUAUUUCAAAUUGGGGUAUGGUGAGGUGAAAAUUGACGACUUGUAUAAUCCAGACCCCAAUAUUGAUUACGAAAGCGUACUUUCAAUGCAUGAAGAUGCAUUGGUACUUGUAUGCGUUGCGACGGUAUUAAAGAGACAAAAAGAUAUCGAAGAGGAGANUAGACGAAGGAGGUCCAAUGGUGGUGGUGGUAGUUGA